UUCCUCUCGGUUGUAACGCGGACUGAGAGGAGGUGACCUGGCGCCGCCGCCUCCCUAAUUAGCCCUGGUGGUGUGGACUCAGACGCCGGGUUUAGUGGCGGCUCAGUCCAGUGUUGGUCCCAGAGGGGCUUGCUACCUGAGGAUCACCUCCAUGAGGCUGUCUAGCUUCAACUGGCUGCCUACAAGCUCUCAGAAUCGGCUCCUGGGGUCACUCUGAGGGUCCCCGAACCCACCCACCCCUACUCUUGGUGACAGUUCUGUUCAAGCAUAGCCAGAGCUUACAAUUCCAGCAGGACCAACAGACUGCCUCUCCUCAAUCCCUUCUACACUCGCCCUCGUGUGAGAAAGUUGGGGUGGCAGCCUAGUGCCCAAAGAGGGGAUGGACAGUCCUUCUAAAACGAAUUCCCAAGUCCAGCUGCCACUGGGCGGGAGUGGCAGGCCUUGGGGAUGUUUUUGGCAGCUAUGGAACCGGGGAGGCUGAUGAGACACCAGCCCAGCUUCCCGGAGGGCCAGUUUCUGAUGGGCUGAGCCCCAAACUCCAGGCAGCCAGCUCCGAAGUGGAAGUCAAAGGCGUGAGCAAAGGGCGCCAGAAGAACUAGAUUGCUCUGAUCUUUGGGGCAACGCGAUUUGAGGGCUACUACCAUUCAGACCAUUGUCCCAGGGUGAUUGUGUCUUCUUUCUUUUGAUAUUCUGGAAACUUUUACAAAGUUUAAGACCGAAGGAAAACACGCGGCCCCUUGUGCAACCCGCGAGGUUCUCCCGGCCCUGGGUAGGCGGAGAUCUGGGGAGACUGGAGAUCCUGGCUCUGAGCAAGGGGGAGGAAACCAGACGAGCUGGCUUCCUGUGGGGGCUCAGGCCUCGGACGCCCCGCGGACAGACGUGUCCUGCCCUGGCAGCAGCGAGUCCCGCACGGGGGAGGGGACGCCCGAGGGGGGCUGAGACAGCGAGGAGGGGGCGGAGACAGGGUGGGCCAGGGAAGAGGGGAGGAGCGAGGGGGCUGGAGCGAGAGAAGGAAGAAGGAAGGGGCGAUCGGUCCCAGGCCGAUGUCCCAGGUGAGCGGUCAGUGCCCUUCUCGCUGCGACGCGCCUCAUGGAGUCCCCAGCGCUGCCCUGGAUCCAGCCCAGACCAUGUCCCUCCUCCCUGGGCUGGAGGUAGUAGCAAGAUCCACUCACCCUGCAGAGGCAUCGUCAGAAGAGGGCUCCCAGGAGGAGGCAGUACCCUCCAUGCCCCAAGACGGUGGUCUUGGGGUUCACCAGGCUCUAAACAGCACUGACCUCGAUGUCCCCACAGAAGCUGUGACGCGUCAGCCUCAAGGGAACCCCCAAGGCUGCACCCCACUACUGCCAAAUGGCUCCGGCCACGACCACCUCUCAGAACCAGGCGGUGCCGGGCAUGCGGGGAACGGUGCUCUGGGCGGGACCAAGGCCCACCGGAAGUUGCAGACGCAUCCAUCUCUCGGCAGCCAGGCCGGAAGGAAGAGCAAAGGCAGCACCCGGUCAGCCUCACAGGUUCCCCUCCAGGCUCAGGAAGAUUGCUGUGUCCACUGCAUACUGUCCUGUCUCUUCUGUGAGUUCCUGACCCUCUGCAACAUCGUCCUGGACUGCGCCACCUGCGGCUCCUGCAGCUCCGAGGACUCCUGUCUCUGCUGCUGCUGCUGUGGGUCCGGCGAGUGUGCGGACUGCGACCUGCCCUGCGACCUGGACUGCGGCAUCCUGGAUGCCUGCUGCGAGUCGGCAGACUGCUUGGAGAUAUGCAUGGAGUGUUGCGGACUCUGCUUCUCCUCCUGAUGCCACAGGGUGGUCCCAGAGCUGCCGCACGGAGCCUGAUGGCUCCCCUGACCCCGGGCGGGCCCCCUUAGAAUCCCAAGCCAGAUGUGAGAAGGCGGGACGCUGAGAGGGGCCCGCCUCAGCCGCGAACAGGUCUGCCUUCAGACGCAUAACCUGGCCCCCUCGGUGCGUGACCAGGAACACGGCGUAUAGAGCCUGGUGGGGCAGAGCCAGUUAGAGCUGCCAAGACUCCAGAACACUGUGAACGGUAGGGGAGGGUGGGGCAGGAAUGGGAGGCCCAUGUCCUUCUCUACCUCUGCUCCAGGUGCCUGCCUCCCUCAGCCUCCCCCAGCUUUGAGGACAGAAAAUGUGAAAAGGCACCUGUCCCACCCAUUGUCGGCCCCCGCUCUUCCCCCCCUCCCCCAGCUCAUUCACUGGGUCUUGUCCGGGCCUAACCCAUAUGGUGACCAAGAGGACGGGGGUUUGGGACGGGUGUGGGUGGGUGGGGACAAUAUGGAAAAGACUGGAAGGAGGUAGAGGGAGGGUCUGUUCUUUUCAUUGCUGUAAAUAAAGAUAUCCGUUCAAUCUCCA